AGUUUUAUUUAUGAGUUGGUCAUUUGCUGGAAUUUGUCCCUGACGUCGAAGGGCGUGCGACUGGGCUCGAGCCCAAUUUGGGGACACUCAGAUUGAGGAACCCGCGGGGCAAUCCCAGCUGCCGCCAUGACUGGCCCAUUUUCACUCCGCUGCAAACACGCAGCAUUAGUCUGCGCAAACCGGCGUCGUAUCACCAAAAUUAUGGCUCUAGUUGCAACUAUUUCCGCAAACUUACCGUCCAGUCGCAAGACUUGAAGCAGCAACAUUGUCAAAGCAACAUGACAACCUUACUCCCACUCCCGGUUCCGGCCACCCCUGCCGACGAAGUUGAAGCUGGCGCACAGUCACACCAGUUUCCCCUCCCGCAAACCCUCAACUACCCCACCACGACCCCGCCAACCCUGAUAACCCAAGGCGCCGAAGGACGACUCUAUAAGACAACCUAUCUGCUCCCCUCCAUCCCCUGCGCGCUCAAACACCGACCCAGCAAGCCGUAUCGCCACCCGAUCCUCGAUCAGCGCCUGACGCGACACCGCAUCCUCUCUGAAGCGCGGAUCCUGCAAAAAUGCCGACGUGAAGGCGUACCCGUGCCCGCGCUGUACGCUGUGGACGAGGGUACGGGCGUGCUGAUCAUGGAGUGGAUUGCCGGUGCGCCAGUACGGGUCCCCGUGAACGAGUACCUGCGGAAGCGCAAGGCGGACGGGCUGCGCGAAGCUGCUACGAAAGAGGAUGGGGAGGAGCUGGUUGGGCUCAUGAGGAGGAUUGGAAGAGCCGUGGGGAGGCUGCAUAAGGUGGGUAUUGUGCAUGGGGAUCUCACGACGAGUAAUAUGAUGUUGAGGCCGUGGGAUAAGGGCAAGGCGCCCGUGAAUGGGCAUAAGGCGGAUGGGGAGGGGAAUGGGCUGCUGGAUGGCGAGAUUGUCAUUAUUGACUUUGGGUUGGCGAGCCAGGGAACACAGGAUGAAGAUCGUGCGGUUGAUCUGUAUGUGCUGGAGCGCGCAUUUGGGAGCACCCACCCGAGAGCCGAAGGACUGUUCGAGGUGGUGCUAGAUGCAUACAGGGGAGAGUUCAAGACCGCGAACAUAGUGUUAAAGAAACUAGAGGACGUGAGGAUGAGAGGAAGGAAGAGAAGUAUGCUGGGAUAGACAGAAUACACCCCAUUCGACAGAUGACAC